GAACAAACGGGGCCCUCCGCACGUGAGCGGCGACAGCCAAUCACAAAGGGGAAUGGAGGCGGAGAUAAGGCACGGUUAGGUGCGCUCCUCCUCCGACUAUAUAUCGUAUCAACAACAAAAGCGAGCGGGAUUGGUGACGCAUUUUCGUCAGAGGGAAUACGCUAAAACUGAUUGGUUCCUCGUUGGCGCCGGGAAGCGAGCGAUGGAGUUGCAGGCGGAGCUGACCGGCCGCGAUGGCUUGAAACGAGCAUGGCGAGUUCGGUGUGAUCCUCCGGGAGAGCUGCGGGGCCUGCUGGCGGGCUUGUCUCAGCUGCGGGAGGAAGUCACCGCUCGGCUUGGCCUUCUGGUGCAACAGGAGAGCCUCGCUGCCGCCGGGGACCGAGAUGAGCGUGGAGGUGAAGGUGAUAAUGGAGAUGAAAAUGACGAGGAAGAGGAAAAGGAAGAAGGGAAGCAUAUCAACACCAAAGGAUAUUCAGAUGAACCACCAUUAAAACGGACAAAACCACACUCCUGAUGGAAACUGUAAAACUUUUUUAAAAAAAUAUUAAAGUUCCCAUACUAUGAAAACUUAUCUUUAAAAAAA